CCCGUUUUCGAGCUGCACAUCUGUCCAGGGCUGCAGUACGGUGGUGGGUUCAGCUUCCCGCUCCCACUGGAAAGGCGUCUGUAGCCUUGGGAAAGGCAAAAGGGGUGAGCCCCGGGGUGUUUCUCCGGGUACUCUCAAGUGCAGCUCUCCAGGAUCCAGGAGUUUGAAGUGGCAGCAGAAAAUCUGGAUUCAAAGACGGCGUGUGCCCACCGUGCGCUGGCCGGGCUCUGAAACGUGAGUUUCCAAGGACCAUGACCACCCUUGAGUAGGCUGAUCAUACCAGUACAGAAGAGAGCUCUUUAAAAAAAAGAAAGAAAGAAACAAAGAAGCCCAACUAGAAAGGUCUUGCUUUCAUGGAGAAAGUAGAACUACCAACAAAAGAGGACCUGGACUUUUUUUACCCAGAAAGAACCACUAAAAACAUCUGUGUGGAAACAAGCCCACGUCUACUCAUAAAAGGGAUAAAAUAAAAAACGAACAAAAGAAUCCCCUGCCCUUUGGGAUGAUAUUUGUAUCAAUAUUUUCCCCAUAAAAGGCUAUAAAAGAAGAGCAAAUAUUGUUUUCUAGAGACUGAAAGAGUGUGUUGCAAAAAAUGGAAUCAACGGUGGCGGAAAUUCAGGUAGAAAGCAAGGAUGAGAAGGAGUCUAUAGAGAUAAGUCCUCAGCAUGAGGAGCAGGUUGAAAAAGCAUCCAUGAUUUGUUUUAAAAGAAGAAAGAAAUCAGCCAAAGCUUUGAAGUCAAAGAAUUGUUCCGAAAAAGCACUCCGUCACACUGGUCCGUGUGGCGCCAAGGAUCCCACAGAAGUGGAAGCUUCAGAUCAGUUUCAGUCACCAGGGGGGACAUGGGCAGCAAUCAGACGCUUGGUCACUCGUCGGAAAAGGUCAAAAUCUUCAAAGAAAGAAGUCCCCUUAGAUGCUAAAGCACAACCUACAGAAAACACUUAUGACACCAAACUUGCUAAGAAAACGGCUCGAUCCAGGAUUAAAAUCCCCUGCAUAAAACUCUCGAGAAGCAAGAAAAAAUGCAGCCAUUCCCAAAUUAUUGAAGAAUCUGAAUGCAAUAUGAAAGUAAAGGAAGUUACAGACAGUUUAGGUACAGAGAUUCAGAGUCCUCAGGAUGCUCCAGCUGUAAAGGAUAAAUUAAUUGCAGACGUAAGUGGUGGUAGCUCCCAGGCAGAUAGUGUAAGCGUGCCACAAGUUAGUCACAUCAGCUCUUCUGGGGAGAACGUGGCUUCCAUAGAACUUGGCGUUGAUACAGAAUCUUGUGCCAUUCAAACAGCAGCGUUAAUCCUUGAAAAAGGUAUUGAGGAGACAGAAGAGAAACAGGUUGUAAACCUCCAUCGAGGAAGCCUCCCUGAGAUUUCAGAAAUGGGACACCAGCUACCUAAGGAGAAUACGGAGGUUGGUAGCGUUGUGGCACCCAAUGAAACCCCCACUGAGGCACCUGCAACCCCAGAGACACAGAUCACAGAAGAAACAUUGAAGGAUGUCACAGAACAGAAGCCAAAAGAGAAAGAACAUGAAGAUGGAGUGACUGCUUCAGAAAAGAACAAGUCAAAAGACACCAUAUUGUGCUUCAGGAAAUCCGCUUUUGAAGAAAAUACAGGAGGUCCGAAGAUGCCCCCAUUAGAAGAAAGCAGAAGGAUGGAACCGAUUGCUAUUAUUGUCACAGACACUGAAGUCAGCGAAUUUGACGUAAAGAAAUCCAAAAAUGUCCCUAAGAAAUUCUUCAUAUCGGUGGAAAAUCAGCAAAGUGAGCCAUUUUCUAAUGCUGUGUCAUCCAAAGGGGUUAAUGGUUUUGAGGGCAGAACUUCUGAACAGUAUGAGAAGCUUUUAAUAGAAACUGCUUCCUCGCUUGUCAAGAAUGCCAUUCAGUUGUCUAUAGAACAACUGGUGAAUGAAAUGGAUUCUGAUGAUAACAAAAGAAACAAUCUUAUAUAAAAGACCAGAAUUUCAGCUCAUG